UGACAGGCCUGAUUUUGCCACACUCAAAAUGGCGCCUUUCAAAAGGUCGCAACCGGGAACUCGUGUUACAAGAUAAUAUGCCCCCCUCUAACUAACCAGUGACAUUUCUUAACGUUCCGGUCCCCAUACAUCUGUUUUGAUUGGUGAUCAAUCGGAGCACAGCACCGCAGUGCUGUUACAGUCAGUCUCAGAGUCCAGGCACUAAUAACAAUGUCAACAUAUUGAGCUUAAUUAUGGAGGAAGCCGUGCCUUUCAGCAUCGUGUCCACCGUCAAAGCGUUGAGCGGAGCGUUGCGAAGAGACGCUGAAAAUGAAGCCGAGAUCAGCCGCGAGCGAGAGAAGCUCUGGUUCAAGGAGAGCAGUGCCAAAAACCUGAGAAAUCGUGACUUCUUGUCACCCAACACGGUUCUGACGACGUUGUACGCCGGUGGAGAGGUCAGUCUGAAAUAUGUUCCCUCUGAUGUUCUCAGUGGUGUUCGCUCUCUUCAUGGCAGCGGUGUAUUGCCGAUAGGAGCCUCUGAAGUGACGGCAGAGGGCCUGCGCGUGUGUGUGGAUCGCUGUGCAGCAUUUAAAGGUGUUUUAUGUGGAAUAACGCCAUAUCUGAGACCUGCUGCUCAGAGACAGGGCUGUAUCCUCAUCAACUGUCCUGCCCUCCACACCAAACAAACCAUACCAUCUCCGGAUACACUAGCUUUGGGGCAGCUACGGACCGUUCUCAUUGCUGACCACCUCGGGGCACAUCUCAGAAGACAAGGGUACACUGUGUCCUUUUGUCCAGCCUUGCCACAGGACAGUGACAUUGUCAACUUUCUGAAAACACUAGGCAUUGUUUGGCCGACAGUGCCUGUCAGCUGGACCAAUGAGGACAGGGAGGAGAAGAUGAAAAAGGCUUUAGAGAACUCAACCUACAGAGACAGAGAGAUAGAGAGGGGGAAAAGGAGAAGCAGAGGAGAGGAAAUAGAGGGAGAGAAAAGAGGGAUAAAAGAGGAAGUUAGGAUAAACCUUAAACAAGUGGUACAGGACGGGAACGUUCAGGGAUAUGAUCCCAGUCUUGGCUCUUGCGCAGUGCAGAGAGAAGCUUUGUGUCAUCUGGCCCAGCUGGACAGUGCAACCGCAGAUCUCCCUGUCUCUACGGCAACAGUCCUGCAUGUCACUUCCUGUCAGGAUGAGUUUCGUCAGCAACAAACAGCCAUGUUGUGGAGAGCGGCGGGUGCAACGGCAGUGCAGAGAUUGGUGAUUUGUGGUCCUGUUAAAACUCUUGGCAUUCAGAUGAAUGCAGCUCAGUAUCUUCAGUUAAGAAAAGCUCAGAUGAAAGAGGCCUCAGAAAUGAAGUAUGGAGACCAAGUUGAAGGUCAGACAUGGGAUGACAUCAUUAGAGUCAUGACCUCGGCUACCGUGAGGUUUGAACUGCUGUCCACAGUGCACACAAGUCCGGUGACCUUAGAUGUUCAGCGGGACAGUGGUGUGUCCACAAAGGGCCCCAGGGGUGGAGUCUUUGUCAUGUAUAACUGUGCUCGUCUUCACACACUUUUCAGCAGCUACGAGAAAGGGGUGGAGCAAGGUCUUUAUCCUGAAAUCCCUGAAGGCGCAGAGCUGGACUUUUCUGCCCUAAAAGAGGAGGGGGAGUGGCUUCUUCUCUUCAAUUACCUCAUUCCAUUCUCUGAGCUGCAGGACCAAUCAGGACAGAUCCUAUGGCACGAAGGGGGUACAGCCAGAGUUAAUUUAAGGACUGAACAGGUGUGCAGAUUCUUGGUGUCUCUCAGUAAAGAUUUUAGCUCCUACUACAACAGAGUCCACGUCCUUGGGGAGCCCCUGCCUCAUCUUUUUAAUCAGAUGUUUUGUCGUUUAUUGUUGCUGAGAGCAUUAAGAGAACUUUACCACAGCGCCCUGGACUCCCUUAAUCUUCCCCCAAUUCCCCAACUAUAGCAUCUCCUCUGCAGACAUUAUACACCAACAGCCACAAACUCUCUCCCUUAACUCUUCCAUUUUUCUCAGCUAUUACACUUUAGAUACGUUCCUCAUAGCCAUAAUUGCCUGACCAUCUAGUCUGAAUAGUCCAAUAGUCCUCUUGCUCUUAAAAAAUGACAGUUUUACCAUUGAAAUGCACUACACAAGGCAGGAUGGACCCCACUAAAUCUGUCACUAUUCAACCCUUUCAUCCAAUAAAUUCUAUUUAGUCUGAGAAUUCGCCCCUACCAAUGUCAAAAGAAGUUGUUUUCUUU